ACGCGGAAACUCGGCUCUAGUCGUGGAAGGAAAACAUUUAGUGAGUGUCUUUAAAAAUCAAAAAGGGUUGUUGUUUGUGUCCACAGUUUUGCUGCUUUGUCUACUUAUUGUCCGAAGAGUUUUUAUUGAGCGUUAAGUCGAGAUGGGAAAAGCGGAUUUCCUCUCUCCAAAAGCUAUUAGUAAUCGAAUAAAAGCCAAGGGUCUACAAAAGCUAAGAUGGUAUUGUCAGAUGUGCCAAAAACAAUGCAGAGAUGAGAACGGCUUCAAAUGCCAUUGUAUGUCAGAGUCCCACCAGAGGCAGCUGCUUUUAGCCUCAGAAAAUCCCUCCAAGUUUAUGGACUACUUUUCAAAUGAGUUCAAACAUGAUUUUGUUGAGCUGCUCAGAAGACGUUUUGGGACCAAACGUGUGCAUAACAACAUUGUGUAUAAUGAGUACAUCAGUCAUCGAGAGCACAUCCAUAUGAACUCUACUCGAUGGGAAACUUUAACUGACUUCACCAAAUGGCUGGGAAGAGAAGGAUUGUGCAAGGUUGAUGAAACUCCUAAAGGCUGGUAUAUCCAAUACAUCGACCGCGACCCAGAGACUAUUCGACGGCAAGAAGAACUGGCAAGGAAGAAAAAGCAUGACUUGGAUGAUGAAGAGCGCAGUGCACGUUUUAUAGAGGAGCAGGUUCGAAGAGGUCGUGAUGGCAAAGAGGAGGAUGACACCCCAGCUUACACUGAGCUCAAAAGAGAGAAUGAAGAAGAGAAAGUGGCAUUUAACCUUGGAGCCACUGCGUCUGUGGCUGGACCAUCAAAGUCAAGUUCUUUACUGGGUGCAAGUGCACUGAAAGCAGCAGCAGUAACCAAAAGAAAAGACAUGUCCUCCAGUUCAAGCUCUAAAGAAGGCAAGAGGAAAAAAUCUGCUCUUGAAGAGAUCAAAGAGAUGGAAGAACGGAGGAGGCAGAAACACGAACCGGUGAAAACUGAUUACUGGUUACAACCUAACAUCAUUGUCAAAGUUGUUACUAAAAGACUGGGAGACCGGUACCAUAAGAAGAAGGCUGUUGUUGUGGAAGUGAACGAAAAAUAUACAGCUGUGGUAAAGAUGGUUGACUCAGGAGACAAACUGAAACUGGACCAAAAUCAUGUUGAGACAGUCAUACCUGCACCAGGCAAAAGGGUUUUGAUUUUGAAUGGUCAAUACAGAGAUAUAGAAGCUAUUUUAGAAGGGAUUGAUGAGAAAAACUUCAGUGCUACACUAACACUUGACUCAGGUCCACAGAAGGGGCGGAGAGUGGAUAACAUUGCCUAUGAAGAUUUCUCCAAACUCGCCUGAUGACUGGCACAUUGGUCUUUUUGAAGCCCAGAAAGUGUAGGAGUCACUCUACUGUGUCAGAGUUACAACCUCAAACC